GCCCCGCCCCUCCCCGCCGGCCCCGCCUUCCCACGCGGCCCUCGAACCUCCGCCCCGGAGCCGCGCGCGCCCCCAUGUUCCCCAGAGCCGGCGGGGUCGCACUGUCUGCGUUCCUCCGCACCCUUUGGGCCGCCCCUGUCGCCGCCAUGAGCACUGGCACCUUCGUCGUGUCGCAGCCGCUCAAUUACCGCGGCGGGGCCCGUGCGGAGCCGGUGGACGCCUCCGGCACGGAGAAGGCGUUCGAGCCCGCGACCGGCCGUGUGAUAGCUACUUUCACAUGUUCAGGAGAAAAGGAAGUAAAUUUGGCUGUUGAAAAUGCAAAGGCUGCCUUUAAAAUAUGGAGUCAAAAAUCUGGCAUGGAGCGUUGCCGAAUCCUUUUGGAGGCUGCCAGGAUAAUAAGGGAACGGAGGGAUGAAAUUGCCACCAUGGAGACCAUCAACAAUGGCAAGUCCGUCUUUGAGGCCCGCCUGGACGUUGACACCUCCUGGCAGUGCCUGGAGUACUAUGCAGGCUUGGCUGGCUCCAUGGCUGGUGAGCAUAUUCAGCUGCCAGGUGGCUCCUUUGGUUAUACCAGAAGGGAACCACUGGGGGUGUGCGUGGGAAUAGGGGCCUGGAACUACCCCUUUCAGAUCGCCUGCUGGAAGUCAGCGCCAGCUCUAGCUUGCGGGAACGCCAUGGUCUUCAAACCUUCUCCCUUCACACCUGUUUCUGCGUUGCUGCUGGCGGAGGUCUACACGGAGGCUGGUGUGCCUCCCGGGCUCUUCAAUGUGGUGCAGGGAGGGGCUGCCACAGGCCGGUUCCUGUGUCUGCAUCACGAUGUGGCCAAGGUCUCCUUCACAGGGAGCGUGCCCACCGGCACGAAGAUCAUGGAGAUGUCGGCUAAAGGAAUCAAACCUGUUACACUGGAACUUGGAGGCAAGUCUCCACUCAUCAUCUUCGCAGACUGUGACAUGGGCAAUGCUGUGAAGGGGGCACUCAUGGCCAACUUCCUCACCCAAGGCGAGGUUUGCUGUAAUGGCACAAGAGUAUUUGUGCAAAAAGAAAUUCUUGAUAAAUUUACAGAGGAAGUGGUGAAACAGACCCAGAAAAUAAAAAUUGGGGAUCCUCUUCUGGAAGAUACAAGGAUGGGUCCACUCAUCAACCGACCACACCUGGAGCGAGUUCUUGGGUUUGUUAAACUGGCAAAGGAGCAGGGUGCUAAAGUGUUAUGUGGUGGAGAUAUCUAUGUACCUGACGAUCCCAAAUUAAAGGAUGGAUAUUACAUGCGACCUUGUGUAUUAACUGAUUGCAGAGAUGACAUGGCCUGUGUGAAGGAAGAGAUCUUUGGGCCUGUCAUGUCCAUUUUAUCAUUUGACACCGAAGCUGAGGUUCUGGAAAGAGCCAAUGACACCACUUUUGGACUAGCGGCUGGCGUCUUUACCAGGGACCUCCAGCGGGCUCACAGGGUGGUGGCUGAGCUUCAGGCUGGAAUGUGCUUCAUUAACAACUACAACGUCAGUCCCGUGGAGUUGCCCUUUGGGGGAUAUAAGAAGUCAGGAUUUGGCAGAGAGAACGGCCGUGUGACGAUUGAAUACUAUUCACAACUAAAGACCGUGUGUGUGGAGAUGGGAGACGUGGAAUCUGCUUUUUGAAAACCCGCAGUGACACCCGCAGCCGUGCCAGGCUGUGGAAUAAUGAGGAUCCACCCGCUUGGCAGAGGCUCGGCCGCUGAUCCCAUGUGAAAUCCAGGAGUUGGGUCAUUCCGGAUAAGAGCGUGGGUGGUUCAGGGUUAUUCUUCUUCUCUCAAUCACUUUCCUAAUUGAAAAUGUGCCUGAGUGCCUUCUAGAUACUCAUCAAGAAAGUUGUGAUUUUCUUCAAAGCAAAUUUCUGUGCAGUCUUGAAGAGCCAAUAACACUUCCAGAGAAAGGGAGCAGGACCAGGAUUGUAUGUUUUCCACACCUUUGGCCCACUGACCGUGCUAAUGCUCUGGCUUAUUUUAGAGAACUUGUUCCGUCAUAGGUUCCUGGUAGAAUCAGUAGACAUGAUUUCUGCUCAUUGACAUUUUUAGAGCCAUGUCCCCUUGUCAUUCCAUUACGAAAACUGACAACCAGGACAGGGAAGGGAUUAGAUAAUAGGUCAAAUUCUGUGCGAUGUCGACGUGCUGUAGUCGGCACUUUUGUUUCCAUUUGAUGCUGUGACAGAGAAAACCUGUCUCGGGUUCUUGAACCACAGCCGGCUCUCCUACACCAGAAGAGUUACCUUUUAAAUGUACCAGUUAUUUGUGUGCCAAUGUAGUACAGUGAAAUUCAGCCACAUCACUUUUAAAACUACUUUCGCUUUCUUUGACAUUCACGUUUUGAAACUAAACACGCCUGAAGGUUAUAGUAGGACAGAGGAGGGCUAAAGUUAAAAGCACGGGCAGAGGGAUUUGAUCUUUGUAGUGAGUCCAAAGGGCAGGUUUAGUUGCUGUAAUGAGCUUUUUAUAGCUCACGUAAGCAUUUAAGCCCCAUGUUUGUCCCCACCUCGAUAAGCAGUGCUGUCUUUGGAGAGCUGUCAGAUCAGUGUGACUGUGCAGAUUGCUACAGUGAUGCCUCACUCUGCCCCUUCUCUUUCAGGGGAAUAGUUUAUAAAUAAUAGCUAAUUUAGUAGUCAGAGGUAAGGGACAAUCGUUGCUGGGCCUGAGUCUAAUUAUGUAUCAUGAUGGGCAAAUACUAUAGUUUCAGAGCAUGAGAACGAUUGAAUCAGCCUUUCUUGGUGUUCACUUGCAUAGAAGACACACGUGGUCCUGAACCAGGCAACAGACGUCUCCUACCCCGUGUCUCAGGGGGGCCUUGUGCAACCUACCAGCGGGCACCGCCUGGGAGAAGGCAGGUUUCUGAUCGUCCUUCUAAAGAGAAAACAGCAGGGGAAAGGAAACCGACAUUUGAGUACUCACCGUGCUCCUACAUUCCUUUUCAUUUAGUACUCACGCUAAGCCUAAGGUUGGUAUUAUCCCUGAUGUUCAAAUGAAGAAACUGAGGUUUGGAGUCUUGGUCCUACGCAAGUGUGAUGAUGUACAUACAUUGGUUUUCAUCCACAGUUCCUGGCUCAUAACGGCCAUCACCCUUGUUACAGUCUUUGUUAUAAGGUUGGGGUGCUUUAGGCCUCAGAAAACAGAAUCUCUCUCUUGGACCUUCUACCUUCCUUUCACCUGCCCAAGGCAGGACUCCAAUCUUCGCCCACCUUUCUGGUUAUGGUCCUGAUACACUCAUUCCAGAGAGUGUUAAGGCCCCAUACCCCUGGAGGAAGGGACGCUGCACAGAGGGGCCAAAAAGAAUCUGAACAGACGGGCCUUGCUGGGUUUCCCCACUCAGUCUGUUUGUAUUAGAUCAUACCCUUUGUCUAGUCACAUCCACCAUGGUCCUUCAUGGUUAAUCGUGCCUAUCAGCGACGUCUCUGUACAAGGCCCAAGAGGACAGGGUUUGGGGGCUUCUGGAUUGCUGAACGCAUGAAGCUUACAAGAAGGUGAACAAGAACUCAUCCAUGUGCUGGGAGGGUGGCCUCCCUGACUCCAUGGGGACAGAAGCUCCUGUGCUUGGGACCUCACCCUGUGUAUCCCUUCCUCUGGCUGUUUAUUUGUAUCCUUUAAAAUACCCUUUGUAAUAAACCAGUAAACGUA